CCCCGGCUGGCGCUGGAGCGCAUCCAGGAUCCCAUGAACCUGGGGGCACUGCUGCGCUCCGCCUACUUCCUGGGGGUGGACAGAGUGGUGGCGACCCGCAGCAACAGCUGCCCCUUGACUCCCAUAGUGAGCAAAGCCAGUGCUGGAGCCAUGGAGGUCUUCGAUGUGUACAGCACAGAUGAUCUGCAGGGCUUUUUGAAGGCUAAAAGUGCAGAAGGCUGGGAAGUGGUGGGAACAGUCAGCAGGCCUGAGGAUGUGGAAGAUGUUCCUGUCAUCAGCUGCUCGGAAUUCCGGUGGGACAAACCCCUUAUUGUGGUGAUAGGCAGUGAAGGGGAGGGGCUGUCCCUGGAGACUCGGCUGCAGUGCCAGAGGAUGCUGGCCAUCCCCCCGGGCAGGGCGCUGCACCCCGCCAUCGACUCCCUCAACGUCUCCGUGGCUGCAGGUAUCCUCCUGCACUCCAUCUGCAGCCAGAAACGGAGGCAUGGAGAUUGAAAUCCUCUUUAUUUGGUGGAGGAAGCUGCUCGGUGUGGAUAUGGAAAUGCUCUUCCCAGGGUCUCAUCCAUCCUUGUGGGUUCCAGGGAGAGCCUCAGUGGCCUGAGCUGCAUUUUGGCUGCUGCAGAAGCCACCAGAUCCCUGCCUUAACAGCAAAGGCAGACACCUGAUGUUGUAGGUAACCCCUGGGAGGAGCAGCUGUGGGAAGGCACACAGGUCUGGGAACAGCCAGUUUUGGCAGGAAAACACUCAGGGAUGGCUACCAGCACCGUGGGGACUUUGUGCAUCACUCAAACCAUGGGGACAACUUGGGCUGUGGUGAAAGUGCCACUGAAAGUGCCCUGGGCAGCAGCUGCGAGUGCCAGCUGUGCUUGGGAGCCCUUGAGCUGGUUUUUCUGUAUUGGGUUGUAAACCAGGUGUGCAGCCCUGCCAAGGGCUGGCAAACAGCUGGAGUGGGGGGAGCCCGUGGAAAUAAAGCUUUUGUAAAGAUUGGUUGU